UGGACAUUUCCUUAAAAAUGUUUUUGCUUGUGAUAUGUCCAUCAUAUUUUUAGCUAAAUUCUAAAAUUAAAGAGUUUUACUUAUUUAUACGCAUUCCAGAUGUAACAGUAAUGCACUAUAACUAUUUAUACGAUUUAAAAACCGAUUACGAUCCUCGUUUCCGCAACAUGCGCCUACCGUUAAGUUAUAUAAAAAUUGAAAGUAUGUGAUAUUAAUUAGAAGUGGAAACCUUACAGUUAAAAAAGGUAUGGAUGGCGAUAGCAAAGUUUUAUACGCCUUCAGGGGUUGGAUAGGAUUUGUAGCCUUUAUGGACUUAGGAAUCACAGCCAAAAGUUACAUAGAAAGAAGAUCUUUCCUUACAAAAGAUUUGAUAAAUUACAACGAUGAAGAGUACACCACUUCAAGGAUAAUAGGUCUGUUUGCAUUGUUGAAGGCAUUAGUUCUUAUCUACAGCACGCUUUUCAUACAUAACAAGCCAGUUGUAGACUUAGGAAAAUGGUCACUGGCUGUAACAAUAAUGCUUUAUUUAAGUGAGACAGUUUACUUUCACUCCUCCUCCUUAAACCCGACAGUUGUAUUUCCCUGUGUCUUAAAUAUAGUCACAUUAAUUGCACUGUUCUACUUGCCUAACAAACUGGACAUUUGGGGUCUGAGACUUGGGAGUGAAGAAGAAAAUGCUCAACUGCUUAAACAAGCUGGAAGCAUGAGGAGAAGGAAACCUGCGAGGAAAAAUUGAUUAAUAGCAUCUUUUAACAAAUUUUUAGCAUUUUGUUCUCUAGAAUUAGUUUAUUAUAGGAGUGAAAUUUAAAACCCAAUUCUAGGUAGAUUAUAUGCUUUAGGAUCAAUUUGAUUAUUAAGAAAAUUGUCACAGAAAACUAGUUGCUUAUAUGAGAAUUUUAGUUUUACAUUUAUUUGUUAUAGUACUACACAACUAAUUUCUCUUUGUUAACACUAUUUUCCAAGGCAAUUCUGUUAAUUACAAAAAAGCAAUAAAACAUUUCCAAAACAAAA